AAGGGUUGAAACAACAUGCUAAUCUUUUUAGAUCUAUCCCAAACACAUAAAAAAUGCUCACAGAAGAUCAUUGCUCACGGUGACUACAAGUGCUUUCGGAAAGUGAGAAAGAAAACAUCACAGGUUAUGGAUGCAGAAUGAAUUUAUUUGGAUGCAAUUUUAUCACAAGAGAUGGAUACAAAAUCAACAUCCUAGGAGAGAGAUGCAACCUUCACUGAACUGGAUGUCAAGUUAAUGUUUAUUACGGAGGAGGUGGAUAUGUCAGAGGCAAGCAUGGCAGCUGAGACGACUUUUCUGCUCUCGUCUCGAGUCCUGCUGGUCUUUCUGCAGGCUUCACCGGCUGCCUCCUUGGGGGUCAAAAGUGCAGCACAUGGGCACCAAAAUAAUUGCACACAUCCCCAUAGGGUACUCGUUCGGGUAACAGAAUUUUCGGCAGACACAUUUACUUCGCGCCAGCCUGUUUUGUUCUGCAGAAAUAAGAUACAGCCAUUUGAAGACUUGUUCCCAGUUUAUUCAAGUCAUCUGGAAUAUGUCCUGGCUGCUCCCUGCAACGCACGCGCACACACACACACACACACACCCCACUUGCAAAUGAAAGCCAGAAAUGGGGGGGGGGAGAGAGAGAGAGAGAGAGGGCAGACAGAAGCAAAUGUCCAUAAUCCUCUUGUUUGAUGCACUUCUCAGUCAGAUAGCAUUAAUGUGCUCCCCCUUCUGCACCAGGAGGAUGCUUCUGUACUGCCCUAAUUUGUACCUGAAUGAUCAGGCAGACCUUAGAUGUGUCCCUUGAAGCCAAAGACAUUCUUUGGAGGAUGUUAACUGCAGGUUCGAUUUUUGUGUUUUAUAGCAGGAGGAGGCUUAUAACGUUUCAUGGACUCCUAGAAAGGUGGAAUCCUAAAGGAGAUCAACCCUGAUUGUUCUUUAGAAGGACAGAUCCUGAAGAUGAAGCUCACAUAUUGGCCCAAUGAGAAGGAAGGCCCCUGGACCUUUUCAACAAGGAUCCAUGGAUAGCAAGGUGAGAGCAAGACCACUUAUCAGGGCAGGUUUUACACCUGAAGAUGAUGUCCCAGAUACAGGAGUUACAAAUGCUGGAGCUACACCUGAAGACAAUGUCCAAGAUGUUGAAGGAGCAGAUGCAGGAAUUACACCUCAAUAUGUAGCCCAUAAUGCUGGAGUUACAUCUGACGAUGAUUUCCAAAGUGCAGGAGUUACAUCUGAAGGUGAUGUUGAAGAGGCAAGAUUUACAGAUGUGAGUGCCAAACCUCAAUAUGAAGAACAAAGUGGGAGAGAGACAUCCAAAAAUGAUGACCAAGAUGCAGGAGCAACAAUUGUAGGAAUUACACGUGAACGAAAUGCCCAAGAUGCAGAAGUUACAUCCAGAAUUGGUGUCCAAGCUGAAAGAGUUACUGGUGCAGGAACUACACCUGAAUACAAAGAGCAGGGUGCAGGAGUGAAAGAAGCAGGAGUUAAAUUUGAAAAUGAUACCCAACAUGUGGGAGAUACAGAUGGAGGAGUUUCGCCAGAAUAUGAUGUACAAUUUGUAGAAGUUACCCCAGCGCAAAAAGUCCAAAGUGCAGGAGUUAUAUCACAAGAUGAUGUAAAUGAUGCAGAAGUUACCCAUGAAGACAAUGUCCAAGAUGCCGGAGUGGCCGGUAAUGGUGUCACACCAACACAUGAAGUCCAAAGUGCAGCAGUUACAUCCCAAGAUGUUGUCCAACAAGCAGGAGUUACAGAGGAAGGAGUCCCACCUGAAGGCAGUGACCAAGGUGCAGGAGUGGCCGGUACUGCUGUUACACCAACACUUGAAGUCGAAGGUGCGGCAGUUACAUCCCAAGAUGUUGUCCAACAAGCAGGAGUUACAGAGGAAGGAGUCCCACCUGAAGGCAGUGGCCAAGGUGGAGGAGUGGCCGGUACUGCUGUUACACCAACACAUGAAGUCCAAAGUGUGGCAGGUACAUCCCAAGACGAGGGCCAACAAGGAGAAAUUGCAGGUGAAGCAGUUUCUCCUGGAGAAAAUGUCCAGGAUGCUGGAGUUUCAGAUGGCGCAGUUACAUCCCAAGAUGUUGUCCAACAUGCUGGAGUUACAGAGGAGGGCGUCUCACCUAAAGACAGUGACCAAGGUGCAGGAGUUGCUGGUACUGCUGUUACACCAACACAUGAAGUCGAAGGUGCGGCAGUUACAUCCCAAGAUGUUGUCCAACAAGCAGGAGUUACAGAGGAAGGAGUCCCACCUGAAGACAGUGACCAAGGUGCAGGAGCGCCCGGUACUGCUGUUACACCAACACGUGAAGUCCAAAGUGUGGCAGGUACAUCCCAAGAUGUUGUCCAACAUGCUGGAGUUACAGAGGAAGGAGUCCCACCUGAAGGCAGUGACCAAGGUGCAGGAGUGGCCGGUACUGCUGUUACACCAACACGUGAAGUCCAAAGUGUGGCAGGUACAUCCCAAGAUGUUGCCCAACAAGCAGGAGUUACAGAGGAAGGAGUCUCACCUGAAGGCAGUGACCAAGUUGCAGGAGCACCCGGUACUGCUGUUACACCAACACGUGAAGUCGAAAGUGUGGCAGGUACAUCCCAAGAUGUUGCCCAACAAGCAGGAGUUACAGAGGAAGGAGUCUCACCUGAAGACAGUGACCAAGGUGCAGGAGUAGGCGGUACCGAUGUUACACCAACACAUAAAGUCCAAAGUGUGGCAGGUACAUCCCAAGACGAGGGCCAACAAGGAGGAAUUGCAGGUGAAGCAGUUUCUCCUGGAGAAAAUGUCCAGGAUGCUGGAGUCUCAGAUGGCGCAGUUACAUCCGAAGAUGUUGUCCAACAUGCUGGAUUUACAGAGGAGGGCGUGUCACCUAAAGAGAGUGACCAAGUUGUAGGAGUGGCCGGUACUGCUGUUACACCAACACAUGAAGUCCAAAGUGCGGCAGGUACAUCCCAAGAGUAUGUCCAGGAUGCUGGAGUUUCAGAGGCCGCCGUUAUACCUCAGGAUGUUUCACAACAUGCUGAAGUUACAGAUGAAGGAGUUUCACCUGAAGGGAAUGACCAAGGUGCAGGAGUGGCCGGUACUGCUGUUACACCAACACAUGAAGUUGAAGGUGCGGCAGUUACAUCCCAAGACGAUGUUCAAGAUGCCAGAGUUACACAUGGAGUUUUACCUGAAGACCUUGUCCAACAUGCAGGAGUUACAUCCACAGGUGCCAGAGUUACAGGAGUACAGGACGUCCAAAGUGCAGGAAUCACUUUGGAAGAUGAUGUGCAGCCUGCAGGAGUAACAGGUUUGCAUGUUACACUUCCCCACAAAGUCAAAAGUAUGGCUGAUCCAGAUGCCAGAGUCACACCUGAAUAUGAUGUCCAAGAUGUCGAAGUUCCUGAUGGACAAUUUACACCUCAAAAUGAUGCCCAGAACUCAGGCAUUACUGAUGCAAGAGCUACAUCGAAAGCUGCUGUCCAGGCUGGUGAAGUUACAGAUGCCGGAGUUACCCCUGAAUACCAUUUUCAAAAUGGUAGUGUUACCACUGAAGACCAUGUCCAAGAAGCAGUUGUUAGAGGCACAGGUGCUACACCACCUUAUGAAGUCCAAGGUGCAGGAGUUACACUGGAAUACCUUUUCCCAGAUGGAAGCGUUACACCCAAAGAUGAUGCAGGCCAUAUUGAAGCAGUAGGAGACACAGCAAAACCAGAGGCUUCACGUCUUAAGUUUGCUUCUAAAAGGUCAAAAAAAAGAAGGCAAGAAAGAAAGCGCAGCUGAUGUGGCUCUGAGGACAGAAAUGGCUGAUUUGGUUGCUAUUCCAGUCAAGGGAUUGUAGGACCGUUUCCUAGUGGCACCUCUUGCUCUUUGGUUCUCAGAUCAAGAGUAUGGAGACACAAAGCAAACCAGCAGUCUAUAACCAGAGCACAUAUCUCAACUGUCUGCUAACCAUGAUUAACUAAUACUCUUCGUUUCCCACAUCCACCUCCUUUUUAAUUAAAGGAUAUUCUGCUUGCA